AUGUAAACAAAAGUCAGUCUGAUAUUCCAUAUAGGCCAGCAAUUAUUGAUAAACUCUCAAUAAAAUUUAAACUGUGGAGUAUUGGAAUCAGAUGGAAAUUCGUGUGCAAUAGCAGCUGCAAAGUUAAUAAUAAAGUAAUUUGGAUCAAUAGAUAUAACAAAAACUAGCUUAAAUACUCAUAAAUUUGAGAAAAUAAUAAAUUGGGAGGCUUAUUAAUAAGCUAGGGACAGUUAUAUUUAUAUUCGAGAACUAGAAAUAUAUAGAAAUCCCCAUUUUUACCUUUGGACUCGUUUCUUUACUACUGCACCAAUAUGGGAGAUCGAGGAUCAUACAUAUUACAUAAUUGAAUUAAUAGAUUAGGAUUUGAACUACUUUAGUUUCAGCAACAGAAGAGAAUUAAAUAAAAAACAUGCAAUCGAAUAAGUUAUAUUAGAGGGUUAACAUCUAAAAUAUCAUCGAACAAUCGUAUUUCUAUGCGUGAAAGACUUCGAUUAAGGUAGAUAUCACGCUCCAAAAAUGUACAUCGAUACAAUUGGGUUAUUUAAUGGAAUAUAUAGAAGGAGAUAAGAAAGAUGGUUAUGUUACAAUGUUACUUAGGGAAACUAUCCUGAUGGGGAUGUUCUUAAGCAAACUAAUGUUAUAAUAAUACCAGGCAGCACAAGUUCUGCUUAUGAUGAAAAAGCUUGGAUUCGCAGUUUGCAAAAUUUUAUAUUGAAUGUAUAUGAGAAUUACAAUCAUAUAAAAAUGAUGGGCAUUUGCUUUGGAUUUUAAUUACUUGCUUAAGCAUUUGGAGGGAUUGUGGCACCUUGCAAGAAUAGAAUCAAACAUAAAGGAUUUUACUAUUAUGGAAAUGAGAAAAUUAGGAUUAAGAAUGAUUUGUUUAAGAUUGGAUGUUUCUAAGAAUUGGCUUAGAUUGAUAGUAUAAUAAUUAAUAAAGCUCAUGGCGACUUAGUAACUAAAUUACCAGAGAGAUUUAUAAAUUAUGGAUCAUCUAAAACAGCUGAAAAUGAAAUAUUCAUUUCUGAGGAUUUGAGAAUAUUUGGAAUGUAAUCUCAUCCAGAAUACUCAUCUCAAUAAAUUUUAUUGUUUAUAAGUGGAAUUUAAUCAAGUGAAGGAUAGAGGAGUUUUGGAGAUUAUUACAAUGAUUCUAAUAAUAAGCACUUUGUCAAAGAGAAGGGCGAUUAGUUAGGAUUAUUGAUGUGUAACAAUUUUUUAUAAUCUUGA